AGAAAAAAUAUUUGAUCUUUUUUCAUUAUUUUCGCAUUAUUGGCAUUGCCACAAUUACUACUCUUCGCAACUGGAAUAUUUUUUCAUUGAUUUUCUCUUUUGGUCUGUAUUGGGAAAACCAGGGAAAACAGUCCAUCAUGACCAAGGCCACUUUGACAUUUGUUGUUGUUGUUUGUAAAGCAGAAAGCAGAAAGUUCUUGAGAAUGUUGUGUACUCAAAGAUUGUUGAGUAGAAAUGUUGUCCGAAGUGUCAAUGUUUCUCUUCAAGCACUCUACUCUGGUAAACGGAACAGUGACAAUGACCAGGACGGCCAGGAUGUGUAUAAUCUAGUGCCAUAUGCAAAUGAUGCUGAUGUUGCAAUUAAUAAUCCGAAUUGGGAACUAUUAUCUCAGAGAUACAGACUUUACAUGCCUGGUAAGCUAGGUCAUGCCUGGCUUGACAACAGCUCUACUGCCCAUUUUGACUAUAGCAAACCUUUUGAAAAUAUGAAAGAGGGAAGUAUGGAAUACUCUGCCCAGGAGUGCCCUUUACUGCUUCGAGCAGGAUUAAUGGAAAUGUUCCCAGGGCUAGAUUUUCGCCAACAGCACACAACCAUUGUUAGCCUGAGACAGCCAUUGUAUAGGAGAGGACGGCGCCAAGAUGUAGAUGAGCUAACUAAGCAAUUUAUUAUUGCUGCCCAAAAAAUUUGUGGUCAACUCAUGGACAUGGGUUAUUGGGCUGAUUUCAUUAACCCCUUCUCAGGGAGACCAUAUUAUUACUAUAAGGUUCCACGUGAUGUUCUAUACAAGACAGAUAAGCGGUUCCAUUGCAUGGGCUUUCACAUUGAGAGCAAAAAUACUUGUAAAGUAAUAAGCCUUACCCAAGGCUCAAAUAGAUACCUUAUCGGGAGUGUAUACACCUCGGCUCCACCCGCAGAGGCCAUUGCACCAUUAGCACAAGAAGCUCAAGAUCCUAAUGCAGAAUUCUAACGAAACAUGGUGGAUGUUUUUCUGAAGAUCUUUGUCUAUGAACACUGCCUAUGAAACAUUGAAUAGAUGACAAGGCAUUUUCUUUGCUGUUUCUUUAAUUGGCUGUUAAAUCUUCCUGUUGUAUGUAUCCUCUAAUUACUUGAAUAUGUGUCAAACAAGCUAUAACAUUUUCAGAAAAGUGCAAAGCUAGCUGUGAUCCUGUUUGACUGGUAAUAGAUAAUUCAGUGUAUCUUAUUUGAGAAAUAAAGUUGUUAUUCUGACAGUCA